AUGACCUCUCCAUCCACUCCCAAUCUAAGCAACACACCAAUUACCAAUCAUCUACUAUUGACUAAAGAGCUUGAAGCCAUCCUCAACAAAUUCCAGGAUGUACCGACUGAUUCACUCCACCUCUUUAUCAAAUACUUCCAAGCAAGAGUAUUCAUCAAAGGCACACAUAAAGAAGAAAUAGCAAAAGAACUCACCAACCACCUCCUCAAACCAAUCCAAUACUCCAAAUGGAUUGUCAAGGAAAACAGCACUCUCAUCAUCUUCAACCUCCCGUACGAAAAUUACCAAGAUUUCAUGACUUGGCACCACUCGGAACCAUCCACUUUAAGGAAGCAAAUAGUAUACUUCAACGACCACCAUGUCCAGAUCAACUGGAGAGGUGCACCAGAUCAAGAACUCUGGAAAUCCGAUGAAAUAGCAACCAAAAUCAAAGCCAAACUUCACAGCAGCAGCUCAAACAAACUCAAUUAUCAUCUAGACUUCCUAAUUGAUAAAAACAUAAACAUAGAUGACCUCCGCAAUGUCCAUCUUGAACGUGGAAACAUUAUCAUUAGACCAAACAAACCAAAAAUCACUACCAACCCAACUACAUCCCAAUCAAACCCUUCUGCCCAUCAACCAGAAGAUCUCUUCGAUGACCUAUCUCAGCAAGUGAAAGACCUCGAUCCAAAGGAAGCAAACCAAGCAGCAUCACAACAAAUAGAUGCAUCACAACAAGCUGCAUCACAACAACAAGCUGCACCACAACAACAGACAACACCUCAGAAACAAGCAGCAACACAGCAACAAACAACACCACAAACACAGGCAGCACCCCAGAAACAAGCAACACCCCAGAAUCAAGCACCACAGCAACAAGCACCACAGCAACAAGCACCACAGCAACAAGCACCACAGCAACAAGCAACACCACAGCAACAAGCACCACAGCAACAAGCACCACAGCAACAAGCAGCAUCACAUUCCACUCAAAAAUCAGACGAACCCAUCGACGACCUAUCGCAACAAGUCUGGUCCGUAAAGUUCCCACCUCAUAAACCAAGUCAAAGACUUCUAUUACUAUUGAAAGACAAAGAUCACAAUCAGAACCAAGAUGUCUAUCAACAAAUCAUAUCUGCUCUCCAAACUCAAUUAAAACCGGUUUAUAAAGUCGAACACGAGAUUCCAAAAGGUAAUGCCUGUUGGUUAAAAAAAAAAAAGUAUGAUUCGAAUCGUGUAUGUGUAUCGUAUAAAUAUAAUACUAAAGUCGAUAAGUUGGUAAUUGUUGUUUUAUAA